AUGCGGGACAAGUCUCCAGCACGAGAUAUCCUUAUGGAGCUGUGGCAGUACAUGCAGGUGCCUCCUCCGUUCGUAGGUCACGCCAGACCGGGAGUCUACAAGGCUAUGGUCCAUUGGUGGACAAGCGCCGAGUUCAAGAGGAGGCACAUAGCAGGACAGCUAAAGAGAGCUGCGAUGAUAGGUGGGUCACACACGCAAGGCAGCAUGCCCAUGACCGUCAUCAUGCAGAACAAGGAAAAAGAGUUAGGCACGGCGCCCUCGAUGUUUAUGGUGUGGAAAGAGUGCCAUCAGAAGAAGAACAAGGAUGGGACGCUAUCGUGGGUGAGCGAGAACGCCGAGCUGAAGGACACCGAGUACCGGGCCGGCUUUGCUGAAUCAUAUGGCGAGGCGAACCCUGAGAUCGAGCCCUUUGACCCUGAGGUUGCCAUGCGUAGGGGAGGUGGCAGGAAGAAUGGCCGCUUAUGGAUGUGUGAUAGCGCCAUCGAUCCUAGGACCGUCCGGUCUAUGAGAGAGAUUAGGCAUGACGGCUCGAGCUCCUCCACUACCUACAGUCCCGCCCGACGCCGUCGUCUAGAGCCAUUGAGAAGCUUCAGGUAUGCUUUUCUUCCUUUGUCAUCCACACUUCAUUCCACGUUUUCCAUUGCAACAUCCAUGACCUUCCAAUGA